CUUCGCCCCCUCCCCCCCCCUCCUCCCGGGCCUCGGGCGAACACCCCUGGCCCCGACGCCGUCGGCGACGGGGACGACGCCUUCUCCUCCAUGGCGCCGAGCCGGGAGAGCAGCCCGGGGCGGCGCACGGUCUCGCCGCUCUGCCAGCAGCUUGUCGUGCCCGAGAGGUCCAAGCUGCAGUGCGUGCUGCCGGACACCGUGACCGGCACCAGGCAGGACCUGGUCGUGAGUGUGUGCAGUGUCGCAGCGCGCGGCGGCUUGCCCCUCUUCCAGGCGCGGGUGGCCGAGCAGGGGCGGAACGCAGGCAUCCACCUGGAGACCCUGGGCGGCGAGGAGCGGCUGGCCUUCUUGUCCACCCAGGAGCUGUGGGUCCAGCCGCAGGGGCGGGAGCCGCGGAUGGAUAUCGCGAAGGCCUCCGGGGUGAAGUACGCAGCCAUCAUGAAGGGCGAGGGGGUCUACACGGUUACGAGCAAUCUGGGCCCGCUGAUGGUCUUCAGCGGCGACUUCCAGAGGCACGACGUAGAGGUGCGGGACGGGCAGGGCCAGGUGCUGGCCGAGGUGAACCCUGGCAGCGGCAGCGUCGCAGGCUACGUGGUGACCGUCUUCCCCUGCGUGGACUCCGGCCUCGUCAUCCUGGGCCUGCUCGCGAUCGACAAGCGGGAGCGGCACGCACACGCUUGAGCCACCCACCCGCCACUCCUGCUCAUGCUCAUUUCCCCUCCCCUCCCUCUCCUGUCUUCUCCUUCCCCUCCCCUCUGCUGGCAAGGCCCCAGCGAGAGCCGCACUCUUCGGAUGUUUCCAGAAGUGUCCAUGUCCCAGGAUACAAUUUGCACGUACAUGAGUUUUCGAUGGUCCACGCGACAUUUCUUAUGUAUGUGCUGGACCCCACUGGCUGCGCUUCUGGCGCCAGCGCUCACUCACUCAUGCGCCUCGCAUGGAACUCCAAGACGAAUGUCCUGCGCAGUAUCAAAGACGAUGAAUGCUUGCACCCGCCUCUCUCAUGGAGUUCAGGAGGAACCGCGCUUUUGUGCACUUCGCGAUUGCACCCGCGGUUCACCCGCAACUCCCGGCAGCGGGAGGAGCGGCAGGGAUCGGCCGCACGGUGCGCCCCGCCAGCGGGCCGCCGGAGGCGUGUCGGACUCGACACGUGUGUCAGCAGCCGCGGCGGGCGAACCGAAGCCGGCGCUGCACCCGUUUCUGUGGGGGGAGUGAAAAGGGG